GCACGCGCCGCCUCAGCCGUUUGGCCCUCGGCGCGCGCCGUCCCCUCUCGCGAGGCUGGCGGAGGGCAGCCGGGCGGCAUGGCGGCGCCGCGCGCCGGGUAACGGCCGCCCGCGUGCCUGGGGCCGGUUUCCGCAGGAGGAAUUCCGUCGGGUCCCCUGGCUUGAGUUGUGGCGUCAAAUCCGCUCAUGAGACGCUGGCCAAAAUGAAUAACAAGAUAAGUAACUUGUUGAACACGGUCAGGUGCUUGCGUAGGUGCGGUCCUGUACUCACUCCCAAGUAUUCAGCCACCACAAGAAAACACGUUUCAUGGGUCGGCGGGCACAAGGAUCCCCCGGAAAAUGUGAACUUCAGAAAAUCUUUUCUAAAUAUUUUUCCCUCUCCACAUGGAUCAUCUCUUCGGUUUCUAUCUCAAAAGGCAGAUGUUUUUAGCACAGGUGAUGAAAUACAACCAGAGAAGAGUACAGAGGCUCUGGGGAGCGAGCAGGCUCCCCAGAUCUCCUUGGAAUUGAAAAACUUGGAAGAUGAUUCUGGGGGCUUCAAGGCGAAGCCUGUUCUGGAUCAUAACGAACAUUUCUUUAGUAGUCUCCGGAAAUGCACCUGUCCUAGCGAUGUGCUGGAUCUGGCUUCAGAGUCUGCUGUUUCCGUUAAGCACUUCACAAACUGUUUAACUACAGUAUGGAGACUCCUCAAGAGCCUGUCUGAAGACCAGCAGCGUUACGAGAAGCAGCUGAUCUUUGAGCACCCAGCCUUUGUCAAGCUUUGUCAGCACCUGCUGCGAGACUCCAGAAGGAUGACGCGGGCUGACCUGGUGUUCAGUCUGCAUGCUGUGGUGAACCUCGGUGUUCCUCAGAACACUCUCCUAGUCCAGACUUUGUUGAGGGUUUGCCAGGAAAAGCUCAAUCAACUUGAUAACCGGUGUAUCUCGGUUUUGGCAACUACUCUAGCAGGACUGGAUAAAGACAAGAAUGUGAGCGCUCUUCAAGCUGGAUUACAAUUACUAGCAGAGCAGCGAAUCCCAAGUAUCAGAGACAUCUUUAUACUGCAAAACCUGAUGAAAUGCAUGGGAAAAGAUGCUCCAGUCUUCCUGAAAAAGAAAUUAGAGAUGGCAGUUUUGAAAGAGAUUGACCACCUGACUUACCUAAAUGCUCGGCGUGUGUUUUUCGGUCUUGUUGCAAUGAAUUAUUGUUCCAUUCCAAUCCUGAAUGCCUGCAGUAAAAAGAUCCAGGAGAAUAUUCACGAUGCUCGCUUUUGGCAUUUAAUUCUUAUUCUAGAAGCUUGUCACAAUCUCCAGUACCGUAAUGUAAAACUGUUUUCAACAAUAGCAGACUAUGUUAAUUCCAUUGUCUGCAUUUUGGACAAAAAACAGAUUAUCCUUUUUCUGUCUGCCUUUGAGAUACUUGGCUUUCAGCCCAGUGAACUGAUGGGUGUUUUUGCUGAGAAGGUGACAGCAGACUCUGAAUUCCUGGACUUGAAAAGCCUCUUGAUUGUUCUCAGAGUGUAUUCACGACUCAACUACCUUCCCAAAGGCCAACAUUAUUUGUUUUUUGAGACUCUUCAGAGCUGCUUGAAUAAGUACCUUCCCCAGAUUUCUGACACAGAACUGCUGAAGGCAGUGUAUUCACUUUGCAUCUUAGGAUACCUUCCUCAUCGCGCACUUGAUCAGCUGCUACAAAAGGAGAGCUAUGAAGGACUUCUACCAUCAGGUGAUCUUUACAAAGAAAAAAAGGAAAUGAUGCUUCGCUGUGUGAGGACAUGUAUGGAACUUGAUAGCCCUUCCUUCACGAAGCCUGCAUUUGUGCCAACUGAGAAUUUCUCCUCAUUAGUAUCUCUCAAUCUCAGAAAGGCUCGGGAGGCACUGCUGGAACUUCUGGGAGAUGAGAAUAUGUUUCGGCAAAAUGUACAGCUGCCAUAUAAAUAUCAUAUUGAUUUUGAAAUCAGGAUGGAUUCAGACAGAAAGAAAGUGCUCCCAGUAACUGCAACAGAUAAUCAUCCUGACACAAGUGUUCAAAGAUUGGCGUUUCUCUUUGUUCCUGUGUCUGCAUUUUGUUUGGGUACAACACAUCCCCAAGGGAAGCUUGCAAUGAAGAAGCGGCAUCUAAAUAAAUUGGGCUAUCAUGUGAUUCUGGUCCUGAACAAGAAGUUUCAGGAAAUGACAAAUGAAGAUGCAGUUGAGUUUUUAAAAGGAAAAAUCUAUUCUGAAAAUGCUUCCCCUAUUUUCUAAAGUGAAGGUGCCUGAUAAUAAUUAAAGUAAACCAACAA